AUUACCAUAUGCCCGUAAGGUUUAUGAAGCCGGAGUACGCGGCGUAUCAACGUUGUACCCGUUUUGCCAUAGGCAGCAUGCCAGAGUCAUGCGAAGGCAGUACCACGAAACUACAAAGUGAGAAGGUAAUGGCUGGCAUUAAUACAGCUGUCAACAGAACUUUUUUCAUUACCUUUGAUUCGCUGGACACAAUGAAGGAAAAGGCUGAUUUAGUUAUGAGUAGCAAGGACAGAAAACACAAAUUCACUUGGUUUCUCUUCAAUGUGCACUUGACGGACGUCACCAAUGUUUGCUUCACACCAAAGCCAGGAGUAGCUCCCAGUACGGAGAUGCAACGCUUGAAAAAAUUCAGAGAGUUCUACUACGCAGAGAGCCAGAAGUACAUAUCUGGAUGAACAAGCGAAACGGUGGCCACCGAUUAUUUGCGUGAAACAUGCAGCCCGAGUUGUUUGUUUUUUCUUUUUUCAUGGGGAGGGGGGGGUCGCAUGAAUCUAUUCUCAUUCUCACAAAGAGAAUCAUACAAUGGCGUUGUACGCGGGUCUCUGAAAUAGUUUGGUUACGUUAAUUGAAAUAGUUGCCACACAGCCUAAGCAGCUGUUGAGUGCACUGUCUGUGAUAGCUGCAGACA